UUUCACUUAUAGCCAAUGGAAACGUUGGCUGAUGUGCGGUUGUUCGACCCUAAAUCCAUGCUAGGCUACGGUUUCACAUGCCAGCUGACAGCUGUCAAGAAUCUCAAGCUACUGUAGGGUACACGAGAGCAAACACAUAGUAUCAAAAAUCAGUUCAUUGAAGAAAGAUGGCGCUGAUGGGAAUUCAGCUGGUAGUCAGCUUGCUGGCUGCUAGCAUAAUGCAGAGGAUGGCCCCCCAUUGCUCUUUUGCACGCUGGCUUCUGUGCAACGGCAGUUUGUUCCGGUUCAAACACCCUUCCGAAGGAGCGCUGUGUGCGUUGGCAGGGAAACAGAUGCCAAAGCCCAACAGGAGAGACAGGAGACAGAAUGGGGAAAACAAGCCUCUUACAGUGCCCAAAGACAUCGACCUUCACCUGGAAACGGCUCCUGUCAACGUCCUUGACGCGCUUGUGCUGAGGUUCUUCCUAGAGUACCAGUGGCUGAUAGACUUCGCAGUGUACGCCAUAGGAGUCUACCUGUUCACCGAGGGCUACUACUGCAUGGUGGACGGCAGCAAGGAGGUCAACAUCGGGGUCAUCUGGUGUGUGCUGACCAUCUUCUUUUGUCUGAAGACCCUCCACACUCUGAUGAGUCACUACUUCCGUUCGGACGAGGGCGGCGAGCGCUCCGUGUGCCUGGCAUUUGGCUUCCUGUCGCUGCUGGUGGCCAUGCUGGUGCUGGUGGUCCGGGAGGACCAUCUGGAGUUCGGGCUGGACCCUGGGUUCACCAGCCUCUUCGACAACCUGGAGGUCUUCGCCAAACAGCAGGGCUACGCCGAGUGGUCAAUCCCAGUGACUAAGCUGACGCUGAAGUUUGGUUUGGCUGCCAUCUGUGCUUUUAUUGGUGCACUGCUGGCCUUCCCUGGACUGCGAUUGGCUCAGACCCACCUGGAUGCCAUCCAGAUGAACUCUGAUCGCCCACUCAUCCAGAUUCUGCUGCACACUGGCUUCCUGGCUCCGGUCGUCAUAGUGGUCCUGUGGAUCAAACCCAUCUGUCGUGACUUCCUGGCAAACGCCCCCAUGGGGAAGACCUCCGUCACCCUCAUCCCCAGCGCUGCAUUCGACUCUGUGCGUCUGUGGACGGUGGUGGUGCUGUGCGUGUUGAGGCUGGCCCUCACCCGCUACCACCUGCAGGCCUACCUCAACAUCUCCCAGAAGUGGGUGGAGCAGAUGAAGAAGGAGGCGGGACGCAUCGCCGCCAUCGACAUCCAGAGAAAGGUGACUCGGGUGUUCUGUUACCUGACCGUGGUCACUCUGCAGUACCUGGUGCCCAUUCUGCUGGUCCUCUUCUCCACACUGGCCCUCAAGGCUCUAGGUCAGACACACACACACACACAAGACAUCCCAACAGCCUGUAAUUCACGAAACCACUUUCUCGAAGAAGCCAGCUCACCCAUGUCUCAUAAACCCCAAGUUAAUAAUCCAGAAAUACUAUCUGUCCGUAUAGCCUUGGAAAAUCGCCGACCGAUGCUCAGUCACGCAUGGCGACUUCUCCUGGGGCCUGGGCGAGGACGUCCCCGGGGUGACCCCUGCCAUCGUGAUCCCCGCCCCCACGCCCGUGCUGCCGGGCCUGGAGGAGGACGAGGAGGGCGUGGAGGACAUGGAGGAGGAGGUCCAGGCCACCGUGGCCCACCUGACCGAGGCCUUCGGGGCGCUGCGCGCUCUCCUCACGCCCAUCUUCUUCAGGGGCAUCUUCGCCUUCCUCACCUGGUGGGUGGCCGCUUGCCAGGUCAUCAGCAGCCUCUUUGGCAUCUACUUCCACCAGUACCUCAUGCAGAACUGAGGGAUGAGGUGGAGGAGGAUGGGACGGGGGGGUGGAGCAGCUGCUGAAGACUCUUGGAAGAAUAAAAAACAACUCACCAACCAGCACAGGCCCUGGACAGAUUUCAAAUGGCGUGCAGGUUAAAGGUCAAACCGGAAGAGACACGAGGCAGCGUGGGUGAAUCGGAUGACGCCGUCUCUCGGUUCUAUGAGCAGAGAGGUGACCUUAAUGACUUUGCUCUUUGCAACCUGGUUUGCAACCGUUUUUCCCCCCUUGUAAGCCCUGAUGGUCGGUUUGAUCUUGACCAGGGGAGCAGGGUGUCUACCUGUAGCUGGUCAUUAUAGGAGCGCUGUAACGUGCACUGGGGACUGGUCUCCUGUUAGACGGUGCCUCUGGAAACUUAAACACCAGUGUUAACCUUUUCAGUUGAAACACACACAACACUGAAUACUGCAGAUAAGACGUCGCUCUAAAGAAGGGCACCUCUAUUCUCAUCCAGUACUCAAUUCAGCCUUUCAUUUAGAAGAAGUUUGCGUUUGUUUUUCUCUCUCGUCAGACAAAGGUGUCCUUUAUGCCUUGUGUUUGGUGUAUUAUUGUAUCUUCUGUUUGCCGCCUCCUCCGCCCUGAUUGCAGUGAAGCGAGCGGAACAGAGCUCCAGCAGAGCCAGAUGUUCACACAUGAAUUGAACCGAGCCCUGACCUCACAGUCCUGCAUCAUUUAUCCUCAUCUGACUCCGAAGCACGGAUGAGGAGUUAUGGGAUUUACGUGUUGAAAGCGUUCAGUUAAAAAAAAAAAUUAAGUGCCUGGGAACUCAGGGAUUAUGAGUCGAUGCUAAAAUAUCAAUUUUCUUGCAGUGUUUUGGGGUUUAGACUUGAGUAGAAACUGCAGUUGUUGCUUAGGCCGCUUUAUGUGGUUUUGGCCAGACAGGAUUUUCAAACCAUUCUCAAAUGAGCCCUAGUUACUGUAUGGUUUUGUUAACAUUUAGUUAGAAAGCCAUUUUUAUUUGCUGCCAAAAAAUCAUGUUAAAAUUAGGUGUCAUUCUAAACAAGUCUUGCUUUGACUUUUGUGUCAACGGUGUGUUUUGUAUUUAUUUAUUUAUUUCCCAUUGCCACUAAUGACUUCUUUAUUUGAAAUGUUUGAGGAUUAUAUCUGUAUUGUAAGUUAGGGGGUUCCUUUGUGGAACAAGAGUGGGAUUUGUCGUCAUUUCAGUAAUUUCAUGUUGUGAGGUUUGUGUGAAGAUCCAGGUCGAAAAAAGAGUUUGAAUGCAUGGUGUGAUAUUUUUAGUUUAGUAAAACGUUUGAUUCUUGUGUGUCCUAGAUCAAACUGAAAUUGAAUCCUUUAAAUUAAAAACAUUUGUUUGACAUUUUAAUGCAUCAGUAAGUAAACUGCAUUUGAUUCUUA